AUGAUGAUAAUGACGGUGUUAGUGAUGAUGGUGAAGAUGAUGAUGAUGAUUCGGAUGAUGAAGAAGAUUCGGAUGAUCAUGACGAUGUUGAUGACGAUGAUGAUUAUGAUGACGACGAAUAUGAUAAUGAUGGUGAUGAUUCGGAAGAUUAUGAUGAUUCGGAUGAUGAUGAUGAUUCGGAAGAUGAUGAUGAUGAUGAUGAUGAUCGAUGAUUCGGAUGAUGAUGAUGAUGACGACGAUGAUGACGAAGUUUCGGAUGAUGAUGAUGAUGAUGAUUCGGAUGGUGCUAUUGAUUCGGAUGGUGAUGAUGAUGUUGAUGAGGAUGAUGCUUCGCAAGAUGAUGAUGAUGACGGUGUUGAUGAUGUUGAGAUUGACUAUGAUGCGGAUGAUGAUGAUAAUGACGGUGUUAGUGAUGAUGGUGAAGAUGAUGAUGAUGAUUCGGAUGAUGAAGAAGAUUCGGAUGAUCAUGACGAUGUUGAUGACGAUGAUGAUUAUGAUGACGACGAAUAUGAUAAUGAUGGUGAUGAUUCGGAAGAUUAUGAUGAUGAUGACGAUGCUUCGGAUGAUGAUGAUGAUGAUGAUUCCAAUGAUGAUGAUGAUGAU